AUGACCCCGUCAUUCGCUCCUGGCGGCACCCAGCUGCUGCCAGCUUUCCCCAGGACACCUUUGGUGCCCAAUCCUGGCCCUGGCCCCAGUGCCCCUGGGGCUUGCAACAUCAUUAUCCAAGUCAGGUCCGAAGGAAGGCCGGUGGAGCACCCCCAGACUCAGACCUUUGUCCUUACUCAGGCUCCCCUCAACUGGAGCACUCCAGGGCCCCUCAGCGGGAGUACUGCAUGUCCUGUCCCCCUAUUCUUAACAACCCCUGUGAUGGAGACCAUUGUGACUGCCCCAGCUGUUGGAAUAGGUCAGUCUGGCAAGGGAAGCUGGACCCCAGGCUUUCCACCUCAAGCUCCACUACCAGCUGCCCAGCUGGCCCCCAUCAUUCCCCAAGUGAACUUGGGGCCACAGUCACAUGGCACUUCCAGGGAGGGCAGCCUGGCCACCAACCAAUCCAAGGCCUCGCAGGAUGACUCCUGUAACCCCAAGAGCGUGUAUGAGAACUUCCGAUGUUGGCAGCGCUUCAAGUCUCUGGCCCGGAGACACCUUCCCCAGAGUCCUGAUGCUGAAGCUCUUUCCUGCUUUCUCAUCCCAGUGCUUCGGUCCCUGGCUCGCCUGAAGCCCAGCAUGACGCUGGAGGAGGGACUGUGGCGGGCUGUGCAGGAAUGGCAGCACAGAAGCAACUUUGACCGGAUGAUCUACUAUGAGAUGGCCAGAAAGUUCAUGGAAUUUGAGGCAGAGGAGAUGAUGCAGAUUCAGAAGUUACAGUGGAUGCAGGGGGUGCAAGGCCUGCCUCCUCCAGUCCCACCAAAGCUGGAUCCUCAGGGGUCCUCAGCCCCGAAAGUGUGCCCUCAGCCAGUCAAUGCUCCCCGGAAGGCCGGUUCCCGGGCCCAUCCUGCCCGCUCGCAGCCACACAGAUCACAGCGGCACCCAGGGCCCAAGGCACCCAAGGAGAUUCCCCCUGAGGCUGUGAGAGAGUAUGUGGACAUCAUGGAGGCGCUGGUGGGGCCCAUCCACUCGGCCACGGGCAAGUCAGAUGCAGAAUGUGGAAAGGACGGAAAUGAGCUGAAGCAGGAAGAGGAAGGGACUUAUGCAGAUCCGGAUCUCCUGAGCUACAUUGACAAGCUGUGUUCCCAGGAAGACUUCGUCACCAAGGUAGAGGCAGUCAUUCACCCUCGAUUCCUGGCAGACUUGCUUUCCCCAGAACCACAACUGGAUCCCUUGGCACUAGCUGAGGAGUUGGAGCAGGAGGAAGGCCUCACCCCUCAGGAGCUGGUGCAGAAACGACUCCUGGCCUUGAAGGAAGACAAGGGAGUGCGGACCCCCAGCAGUCAAAGUGUACCCCGAGUGGACUCAAGUCCUUCUGAGUCUGACGCCAGCAAAGAGGCCCAGAGACAUGACCAAGGCCCCCAGCUAGGGAUCAGUCAUGAAGCCUGCCCACCAGAGGUUGAUUUCGAGGCUGUUCACAGGUUCAGCCAAGCAAACACUGACCUGUCCAGGGCCAAAGACCUUGUUCCCUCUCCAGGACAGCAGGAGUUGCCUCCAUUCCAGCCAGGACAACCCUCCCCUCCCCAGGGUCAGAGGUGCACUGGCCCUCAGCCAGGACCCAGGGAUACCUCAGUUCUCAGAACGGCCUCUCCAAUUCUGGGGGCCCAAGGGCCCAGGGACGGGUCCAGCGAGGACGAGGAGGAGCUCCCCAGCCUGGCCUUCCUCUUGGCCUCGCAGCACAGCCUGCUGCCCUGGGGGCUGUCCCAGAGUCCUGUCCCUGCCUCAGGCCAGGCCUCCUCCUCUCAGAGAAUAGGCCUCAGCCCAGCUCCUCUGGCCGCUGCCAAGUCUAGGAAGCGGGCUCUGUGCGGAGGCCCAGCUGCUGUUGAGAUGCUGCCCGGCCCGGGGGCUGGCCUCGGGGUCUCUGAGAGGCCAGCCUUGACUCUGGGAAUGGUUCGCCCCUCACAGCUGAGAAAGAGAAAGUGUGACCCGUUUGUCACGGGGAGGAAGAGGAAGCGGCUCUGCAGCCAGUAG